GUGGUUGGGGCAUUCCCACUCUAUGUUUGUUCCCCUCCUCCCUCCUCCCCGCUCCCUUCCGUCCCCGUCUUCUCUCCCCUCCCUUCUCCAUUCCUCUCCCUCGUGCCUCCCCUCUUCUUGGCCACUUCGGCCCAUGAGCUUGUCACCCUGUCCAUAGCGCUUGCAGGCGCACCCAGUGCGCAGCUCCAUACUACCACCUUUCAAGCGCGCUCCGAUGGCACCGAUGCGGCUGCUGAUCACUGUGGCCCUCUUCGGCACCGUCGCCGGGCUCGAGCUCGAGGACAACGUCAACAAGAUCAGGAGGCUCAGCCUCCUCCAGAGGAAGGACAAGAAGAAGGCCCGCACGGCCCACAGGGUGCGCGGCGAGGACAUCUCGGGCGCGUACGCGGACCCGAAGCACGAGGGGCAUUUGCGCCACCUUCUCGCGAAUGGCAAGACGGGGACCAUCAAGAGCACGGACGACGGGACGACCAAGUGGGAGGUUCCGAUCACGGAGCUGACAGCAGAUUCCAUCGUCGCGGACUUCUCGGGCAAGGGCGGGCCGAAGGCCCUCUCUGGCAAGCUCACCGACGAGGGCAUCCAGUGGGAAGACGGGAACACUUGGACGCUGAUGAGCGCGAAGGCCUCCAAGGGAGUCACGGUGCACACUUGCAAGACGAUGUGCCAGCGCUGGGGCAUGAAGGCGCUGGGGCGCGCAUUCGACGGCAUCAAGAUGCCCCAGCCUUGCGUCGCAAAGUGCGAGGAGGUCUAUCCCGAGGACAUGACCCCCGCGGCCGGGUCGAUCCCAGCGGGCGAGGAGGGCGACAGCCCGAACACGCUGUGAGCGGCCCGCCGCUCGGCGGCCCUCCGCUGCCCCGACCUCGACCGUUGCUGCUUGCGUUUCGAAUGCAGCCGAAGACCAACCUAGCAACGUAGUGCAGGCGCAGGGCAGAUUCAAGCCUCUGCUUCGUUCCGACCUCGACCGCCCCGCGGCAUCUCGCGGCAACUCCGAGCCAGCGCCGCCGCCGCCGCCGUGGCCGUCGCCGCCGUGGCCGCCGUCGCCGUGGCUCGAGGCCCGAGUGGCCGAGGCUCGGGGGCGUCCUUGGCCGCCCCCAGCGCGUGCCUCCCAAGGUGUCGCCGCCGGGUUGCCUCCGAGGUCCAGUCGCCUUCCAGAUGUCGUUGCCGAGUUCUGGCGGUCCUCGCGGGCGCGGGACAGUCUUGGCAGCGCUGACGCCCGAGAAGCCAGCCGACGACCUGCGCCUGCCGCCGGAGCCGCCUCCACGGUCAGCGAGGGCUCUCGGGGGCCAG